AUGUCCACUCCCAUUACAUCCAGCCAAUUAAUCCUUCAUCAAGCCAUGGCAGCAUCACCUUCCCAUCUCCGCUCUCUCUACCGCUCUCUCCUACGUGAACUACCUCAUCGACCGCUUUCCACUCCUUCCCCAAUCCAGCAACGCAUCCGAAAUUCCAUUUCCUCCAAUUCCGCCCCAAUGCAAGUCGAAGAAGCCGAACAAUAUAUCCAGUACGUGAAGGCACAGAGGAUGUACGCUACGCUGUUGGAGAGGUAUAAUCCAGGAAUGUCGAUGGAUGAGGAAGAGAAGGUUCGGCUGACGGCGAGGAGGGUGGGUAUGGAUUUGCCUGAGGAGUGGCGGGCUGGGAAGAAGAAUUGA